UAACAUUAAUUGUGUGUGAUAUAAAUAGGAUCCAGCCAUGUGUGAAUGGUUCCUCUCACUCUCAGCUUCUGUUGGUUGAUUUCUUGGUUUGGAGGACACCCCCUCAAAGCAAAGGCGUUCUACUGUGGAAUUUAGCCGGUUUUGAAGAUGAAUUGUUAUAAUCUUCAGCAGAACGCCUUCGCAGCCGGUGAAGAGUUGAGAGGUUCUCUCCCCAUUACCGACCAGAAUAGCCCGGUUUUUUGCCCUAAGCCACGCAGAGUUGCGGUGUUGAACAUGCCGCUAAGGCCCUUUAGAUGGCAUUCAAGUCAACAAGCUGAGAUUUCUGAUUCAAAGGCUGGGGCAGAUCUACUUGACAUUAUUCUCAAGCAGGAGGGUAAUGGGGAAGAAUUUGCAAACCAGGUGGCCUCAUCUCCUCCAUAUUUUUGUGGCUCCCCACCAGUUCGGGCUGCGAAUCCCUUGAUCCAAGAUGCUCAAUUUGGAGAUGAAAAGCAGGCUCCUAUAUCUACAAUUUUGUCACCAUUAGGUUUAGCGUCUCCAUCUUCAGCUUCUCACAAAGGAGGGUGUGUUAGGAUGAAGUUUGGACUCAAACCGGCCGCAGUGAGGGUAGAAGGAUUCAAUUGCCUCGGCAGGGAUCGCCAGAAUUCCAGCAUCCCAGCUGUCGCCUAAACAUUUGUUGAACUGUACAUAGAAGGACCACUACUUAACCAGAGAGAAUUUUGAGUGUUUUGGAAGGAAUAAGAAAUUCGGUUAGCCAUGUAUAUAACAUGUUUUUUGGAUGCGGUGGUUAUAUCAUCUUGACUAUCUUUGUGAGUAACUGCAAAAAAGAAAAAAAAAUGCUAACCUUGUGUUCUUGAGAAGGUUUAAUUUGCUAUGUAAAGAGCACUUUUUUGUGUAAUAUAAGGCAGUUGUAUCUAAGCUUCUCCUAAUUUUAUUUUGUUUUAUUUUUUCUAGUGAUCACCACAAGAGUGUCCUGUAUAGAAUUGGUGAUAAUGGCCAUCUUCCUGUAAUAUUAGUUUUAGGCAACUUUUUAGAAGUAAGUUUAUUUAUGAACUAGUAUUUUCUGUCUUAUAUGCAACAUUUAAGUUAUGAAGUUUAUGGU